CGUCGGUGAGAAACACCUAGCACAGAAAAAGGGUGGCGGCGAGAGGGAGUUCCCACCUGUUGGCGUUCUUCCAGAAAUAAAGACUUGAGAAAAUACCAAGGAGGGGCCGAUCGGUGUGUUUCGGACGCGCCUGGAACCCCACCCUCGGUCAGAGGAAAAGCUCCUGGGGUGAGACGCAGAAGCUUCAGAAAAACCGAGAAGAAAAGCAUCUCCCUCCGCGCGCCACGUUCUCUGCCUCGCACUCCUGCGCGGCCGGCCCAGCCUGCGCCUGGCCCGCGGCCCUUCGCCCGGCUGCGCCUUCCCACCCCGGCCUUCCGGGUGCCUCGGCCGGCGACCUGCCUCCGAGUCCUCCCAUGGCGGCAGCGCGACCCACAGGCUCCGCGAGCGGAGCCCUUUGCUGGCAACUCCUGCUGACCCUCGCGAUCUUAACAUUUGCCUGUGAUGCCUGCAAAACAGUGACACUACAUGUUCCCUCCAAACUAGAUGCUGUAAAAUAUAUUGGUAGAGUUAACCUGAAGGAGUGCUUUAAAUCUGCAAAUCUAAUUCAUUCAAGUGAUCCUGAUUUCCAAAUUUUAGAAGAUGGUUCAGUCUAUACAACAAAUGCCAUUCUUUUUUCCUCAGUGAAGAGAUCUUUUACCGUAUUACUUUCCAACACAGAGACCCAAGAAGAGAAGAAAAUACUUGUCCUUUUAGAGCAACAAACAAAGGUACUGAGGAAAAGGCGUUCUCAAGAAAAAGUUCUAAUACGUGCCAAGAGAAGAUGGGCUCCUAUUCCUUGUUCAGUGUCUGAGAAUUCCUUGGGUCCUUUCCCACUCUUUCUUCAACAGAUUCAAUCUGAUACAGCACAAAACUACACUAUUUACUAUUCCAUAAGUGGGCCUGGAGUUGACAAAGAACCUCUAAAUUUAUUUUAUGUAGAGAGAGAUACUGGAAACCUGUUUUGUACUCGUCCUGUAGAUCGUGAAAUGUAUCCAUCUUUUGAGCUAGUUGCCUUUGCAACAACUAAGGAUGGAUAUACUCCAGAAUAUCCACUGACCCUACUAAUCAGAAUCGAGGAUGAGAAUGAUAACUUCCCAAUUUUUACAGAAACAACUUACAUUUUUAAUGUUACUGAAAACUGCAGAGUUGGUACUACCGUGGGACAGGUUUGUGCAACUGACAAAGAUGAGCCUGACACACUGCACACGCGUCUAAUGUUCUCCAUCAUCGAGCAGUUACCAGCAUCACCCACCCUCUUUUUUAUGCAGCCAGCUACAGGUGUGAUCACCACAACAUCAUCUCGGCUAGACAGAGAGGUAACUGAUAAAUACCAAUUGAAAAUAAAAGUACAAGACAUGGAUGGUCAAUAUUUUGGUUUGCAGACAACUGCAACUUGCAUCAUUAAUAUUGGAGACGUGAAUGACAACUUGCCAACAUUCAACCGUUUAUCUUAUGAGGUAUCAGUGGAGGAAAAUAGAGUUGAUGUGGAAAUCUUACGUGUUGCCGUUACAGAUAAGGAUUUAAUUAAUACUGCUAAUUGGAGAGCUAAUUAUACCAUUUUAAAGGGCAAUGAAAAUGGAAAUUUUAAAAUUGUAACAGAUCCCAAAACCAAUGAAGGAGUUCUGUGUGUGGUUAAGCCACUGAAUUACGAAGAAAAACAAGAGAUGACCCUACAAAUCAGUGUAGUUAAUGAAGCUCCAAUUUUUGCUAGUUCGAGAUCAACCGGGAGCAUGGCGACAGUCACUGUUCGUGUAAAAAAUCAGGAUGAAGGCCCUGAGUGUCGCCCUGCAGUGCAAAUUGUUCGUAUUAAAGAAAAUGUACCAGUGAGCACAAAGGACAUUGGAUAUAAAGCACAUGACCCGGAAACAAAUAGUAGCAGUGGCAUAAGGUAUGAGAAAUUAAGUGAUCCAGAAGGAUGGGUCAGUGUUGAUGAAAACUCAGGAUCAAUCACAAUUUUAAGAAGCCUGGAUAGAGAGGCAAAGACCAUCAGAAAUGGUAUAUAUAAUAUCACAAUCCUUGCCUCAGACGAAGGUAAGAGAACAUGUACUGGGACACUAGGGAUUAUACUUGAAGACGUGAAUGAUAACGGCCCAUUCAUACCUGAAAGGACAGUGAUAAUCUGUAAAACUGUCAUGUCGUCGGCGGAGAUUGUGGCCGUGGAUCCCGAUGAACCCACACACGGCCCACCCUUUGACUUCAGUUUGGAAGGUGUUUCUGAUUCAGAAGUACUUAGAAUGUGGAGACUGACAAAAAUGAACGAUACAGCAGCACGUCUUUCCUAUCUGAAUGACCCCCAGUUUGGACGAUAUACAGUACCUGUCAGAGUUGCAGAUAGGCUUGGCCAAUCACUUGUCACUCAGUUAGACGUGAUGUUAUGUGACUGUGUUACCCGAAGUGACUGCAAGAUUCGCUCACCUGUGACGACUGCCAAAGGACUGAUGCUUGGAAAGUGGGCCAUCCUUGCAAUAUUGUUGGGCAUAGCAUUGCUAUUUUGUGUCCUAUUUACCUUAGUCUGUGGGGCUACUGGGGCAGCCAAAAAGCCAAAAGUAUUUCCCGAUGAUUUAGCCCAGCAGAACCUCAUUGUAUCAAACACUGAAGCUCCCGGCGAUGACAAAGUGUAUUCCACCAACGGCUUCACAACCCAUACUGCGGGAGGCUUCACUCAGGGAAUUUGUAGCACCCCGGGAUCCGGAGUGAAAAACGGAGGGCAGGAGACCAUUGAAAUGGUGAAAGGAGGGCAGACCAUUGAGUCCUGCCAGGAGGCCGGGCAUCAUCACACCCUGGGAUCGUGUAAGGGAGGUGGACAGCACACCCUGGAUUCCUGCAGAGGAGGACAAGUAGAGGCAGACAACUGCAGAUACGCGUACUCCGAUUGGUACACCUACACUCAGCCCCGCCUUGGUGAAAAGGUCCAGCAGUGUAAUCAGGAUAACAGUCAUACGCAUGCACAAGACUACGUCCGGACGUAUAACUAUGAAGGAAAAGGAUCGGCGGCUGGUUCUGUGGGUUGUUGCAGUGAACGACAAGAAGAAGAUGGGCUUGAAUUUUUGGAUCAUUUGGAACCCAAAUUUAGGACACUAGCAGAAGCGUGCAUGAAGAGAUGAGUGUGUUCUAUUUAGUCUACAAAAGCCAGUGGCUUUAAUUGUCUCUUUUAAAUUAUUAUUACAAGCCAGGAUUUUUUUAAAAAUAGAAGAUGCUGUUUUGGGGGGCUUUUCCCCUUUAUUUUGUUGAGAUCUCUUUAGCCAAAUGUGCUUUUACAGAGGGAUGCUGUGAACAACUACACAAAUUUCCUGAUUUCUCCGUAGUUUUUAAAUACUUGUCUUCCACCUAAGGACACCUGCAGAUAGACAAGUUGAGAAAGUCUGCGUUACUGUUUACAUUUGGGUAUAGUGACAGCAGCCAAUUUAUAGUGCAAUAGUAUGUAAUUAACUCAAGUCUAUGUCAUAGACUACUUGGAGUAUAACCGAAUGGAAAGUUGAAGAGGUCUUGCUCUAACAUUAUCUUCAGUUACCUAAAUUAAUUGUUUGUGUGGUGCUUGAAGACUGUUGUUCUCCUAAACAUUCUAAAGUGUAUACACUGCAUUCUUGCUAUUGUUUUAGUCUUGUAACAUGACCUUGCCUCAUAAAGCAAAGGGAGAUUCCCAACUAAGCGUUGACUGUUACUAUAAUUCCACUUUGGUGGACUUCAGUUUUUGUGUUGUAUUCUCUGUGAAAUCCGGCACUGAAUCUACAUUUCCUCUGUUACCCACCUUCUCCGCAAAAUUUAAAUUAAAAAAAUGCUGAAGAAUGUAUUUUUUACUCCUGCAAGGUUUUGGUCUUUGGUCCCCGCCACUCCCCGCCACCCCUUCUGUCUGCCUCUCACCCUCUCUCUUCCCUCUUUCCCCCUCUCCCUCUCUUUUUCCCUCUAUCUCUCUCUUUCUCUUCUUUUUUGUUCUUAAAAUUCCGAUUUGGGUUGGAGAAGCUAAAUAUGUUUAAAAGCCGCCUCUUUUUUCCUCGCUUAUAAAGUGACUUAUUCUGUGUUUCUGUUUUACGUAAGCACCUGUAUUCUUGGCUUUUCUUAAAAUCAAUGUAAUGUCGAUUUUUUUGUUUCAACUAUUUUGGUGAUUGCUUCAUUAUCUCCUCAACAAAGACCCUUUACUUUUGCCAUUCAACUGUAGAAGUAUGUCAUGCUUUUAUUUGAUGCAACAUUCUAUGUUAACAAAAGGAAUAGUGUAAUUAAAAUUGGUUUAGUAUAAGAUAGUAUAUUUACAGUUCAUUAUUGCAAGGAUACAGUUUAUAAAUGCAAAAUAGUGAUGUUUUUUGAAAUAAGCUUUGCAAUACAGGGAUUGUGAAAUCUCUAGGAAUAACUUUUAUAGCUUUUUAGAUGAGGUGGCUAGUUAUAGCUAUGUGUUUGUAAAGUUUUUUUUUUUAAAUAUUUUGAGAUUACAGUUUUUUAACAAAUGUCGAACUGGUUCAAACUAUUUAAAUUUUGAAAUAAUAAGACAAAAUUAAACUUAAUAGCCAACCAAAUUCCAGGCUACAUUUCACAGCUGAUUUCAGUCAAUGAAUUUUCUAUCCGUGCUAACCAUAUGGACAUUUUUAAAGUAUUUCUGAUAUUUAGGAUUGUUAAUAAUAUGCCUAUUUUGAAUUCACAGGAUUGGCUUAUAACAAUUAUUUUUAAAAAUUAACACUGGGUAAUUUAUUCAAUAAUCAGUUUAUCUUUUCAAUAGUUUCAUCACUACUCAGUCAAAAAUACUAUUUCUCAAAGUUAUUUUUAAUACAUUAUGUAUAAAAUUCUUGUAUAUUACUAGUUAUGAUAAAGUAAAUCAAGUAAUUUUUAAAAAUCAGUGUGUUUGUUAAUCAUGUGUCUGACAUGAGCUUAUGGGAUUGUAUUUUUCUUACUUAGAGAAGUGAGUCUCUUUUUUAGAAUCCUGUUCUACAUUUUUUAGAAUUUUAGAGUUUGAUUUGGAGAGGAAAUUGGUCCAUUGUUACAUUUAUCUAAUUUUACUAUUCUAAAGACUAUGAUGCUAUGGGAUGUUGGUUAAGUUGCACAAUUUCGCUGUGUCUGGUUUUCUUCAUCUAAAAUGGGGAAUAAUAAUAGAACUCCUUUCCUAGGGUUCUAUUAGGGUGGCUGUAAGACAUUUGAAUAAAAAAUGGUUUUUAAACAUGAAA